AUGCUGUUUCGUCUUCCGUCAUGUCCAAUUUCAGUGCUCAAAAGAUCCGACACCACCGUCGUCGGUGGGCUGGCGCGCUCCUGGCUUCUGGGGGUAGCUAAAACGGAGGAUUCUGCCGGUCGUCGCUCCAUAUCCUCCACCUCCCUACACGCCAGACGAGUGGCCUCAGGCGCUGUCACCUCGGCUGCUGUCUACGACCAGACCAAAAGGACUCCAGACGUCUGGGAGCCCCAGCGAAUCCCACUCCUCUCGCCCCCCUGUACCCCAGAAACCCCACCACAUCUGCAACCGUCACCAUGGCAACCGGCAGUAAAGUCUGCUUUCUUUGCUUCAAUCGCCGGGGCUAAAUUGUUGGCCGGGCCCGAGAAGACUCCUGGUUCUGAGCUGACUUCGAGAGACGCCUGCCGAGAGCAGACGUCGCAUUCGCAACCCUUUCCCUUGAUCAUACCGGAGGGUGUCGACAAGCAACACAGCUCCAUCCUGCCAACAUUGCACAUGACUACCAGACAGAGGACAGCCUUCAGCACGGUGGAUGAUGCCUCGGCGGCUGGACAGCAUGAAGAGGGCGAGUCAAGUGUGGAGAAGUUGCCGGAGGUAGACACUCGUUCACUGUUGCUAUGGCGCUCAAAACCUCCUGGCCCAGGCCUAGGGGACUAG